AUGGUGUCUUACACCCCGAAUCCUGGUCUCUCCUUCAUGAGUGACAACAUAGCCGGAGCAUCAGCCGAGAUCGUGCAAGCUAUCAUCGCCGCGGCCACUGAGCAUAUUCCACCAUAUGGAAACGACGCCAUCACAAAAGCCGCUCGUCAGAGGUUACAAGAAAUCUUUGAGAGGGAAGUCGACAUCUUCCCAGUUUCGAGCGGGACCGCAGCAAACUGCAUCGGAUUAGCCUCGCUCGUCAAGCCUUGGGGCAGUAUUCUUUGCCAUCCGGACAGCCACAUCAACAAUGACGAGUGUGGUGCUCCAGAGGCCUUCACAGGCGGCUCUAAACUCGUCACGGUGUCUGGGAACGACACCAAGCUUGAUCCUCAUUCUCUGCGAGCUGCAGUGAGUCGAAAGGCCGGCGACGUUCAUAGUGUCCAACCCUCUGUUGUCAGUAUCAGCCAGGCUACUGAAAGCGGAAGCGUCUACACGGUCGAUGAGAUCUGCGAGCUAUCCUCGAUAGCCAAGAGUGCAGGUUUGCGCGUCCACAUGGAUGGUGCACGUUUUUCUAAUGCCUUGGUUCAUCUCGAUGCAUCCCCAGCCGAGAUGACCUGGAAGGCCGGCGUUGACGUCCUCUCUUUCGGCUUGACCAAGAACGGCGCAAUGACGGUCGACAUCGUCAUCUCCUUCGACCCUACGUUGGCAUCGGAGCUGGCCUUUCGCCAGAAGCGAGCGGGCCAGUUGGCCUCCAAGAUGCGCUUCCACGCUGCCCAGAUUGAGGCCUACCUUGCAGAUGGAUUAUGGCUGCGAAAUGCCCGUCAUGCGAACGGGCUAGCUGCUCGCCUAGCCGCUGGUCUCAAGAGUAUCCCUGGGCCAGAGCUUCUCAAGGAGCCAGAAGCCAACAUACUCUUUUGUCGGCUGGCACCGCAUGUGAUAAAAGAACUGCUUGGUCGUGGCUAUCAGUUUUAUCACGACCGAUGGGCGCCUGGGACAGUUCGCUUUGUAACAUCUUUCUCACAUGCUCCUAGCAGUGUAGACGAACUGGUUGAGGCUAUUCGAUCUUGUUACGUCACGAAGCCACAGAAUAGAAUGUAG